CUAUGGACAGUCGCUGAAGCUAUUCGGCGACUCCAUUUCCACCCUCUGGCUUCCAUUCCGGGGCCCCGCCUCGCAGCGUUGACCUGGUGGUAUGAGUUCUACUUCGAUGCCAUUCAGCCUGGCCAGUAUAUUUUCAAGAUUCAGGAACUCCAUAAGCAGUAUGGCCCCAUCCUCCGAAUUACUCCGGAUGAGAUUCACCUCAGCGAUGUCGGUUACUUGAACACAAUUUAUGCACCGUCCAUGACCCGUCGGGAUAAAUAUGACCACCCACUCAAAGCCCUUCGAGUCCCCGGAGGAGUAGGCACGACCGUGGAUCACAGUCUCCAUAAAAUCCGUCGCGACGCUCUGGUGCCCUUUUUCAGUAAACGCAAUGUUCUGUUUCUGGAACGCUUGAUCACCGAGAAGGUUGAUCAAUUGUGCCAAUUGAUUGGGAAGCACGCUUCUACAGAAACACCGGUGAAUUUGUCGGACGCUUUUUUUGCUCUCUCUAAUGAUGUUGCCACUAAUUUCCUCUUUGCUCAUCAAGGCAAUGUUCUUGCCGACGAGACCAAGGCUGCUACUCUUCGUGAUAACGGCAAUCGACUUCUACAGGGGAUCCAUUUGAACAAGCAUCUCCCGUGGAUCUCCGACUUUUUGGAAUCUCUUCCACACUCUCUCAGCAGACCCAUGAUGCCCCCUGGUCUGAUGGACAUGCUGGAUCUAUUCGACAGAGUGCGCGCCGAGUUGGUCGGUAUCAUGAAAGCCAAAGAAUCCGGAGCUACCAGUGAAAAGCCCAUAGGCCCAACAGGGAAAGAAUCAGUAUAUGACUCGGUUCUUGAUAACCCGAGCUUACCGGCCUCGGAAAAGACCCUGCUGCGACUCGAGCAGGAAGGUGCUUUACUCGUUUUGGCUGGGACCGAAUCGCCCGCCCACACGCUGAACACCAUCUUCUACCACCUCAUCGCGAACCCCACAAUUCUCGACAAGCUACGCACAGAGCUCAGUACAGUUUCCAGCCCUGCUCGCUGGACCCAGCUAGAACAGCUCCCGUACCUGUCAGCAGUCAUCGAAGAAGGGAACCGGCUCUCCUUCGGCGUCACAAUUCGAACAGCCCGUGUUGUAUCUGAGCCAUUUACAUACACUCCUUCAUCCUAUGCCACCGCCUCUUCUUCGUCCGUGGGUCAGAAGUCUUAUACGAUUCCCGCUGGAACCCCGAUGAGUACCUCUACUCUGAGCGCACACACGACCGAGAUCGUCUUUCCUAACCCGUUUGCCUUUGACCCCGAUCGCUGGCUCGGGGAGGAGGGCCAGGAGCGUCGGAAGUUCCAAAUGGCGUUUAAUAAGGGAAGCCGGAAAUGCUUGGGAGUUGAGCUGGCGAGCGCGGAACUGUGUCUGGUGGUGGCGGCACUGGUGCGAAAAUUUGAAAUGAGUCUCUGGGAGACGGAUGCAAGCGACGUUGCGUUUUUGCAUGAUUAUCAAGUUGCGAUGCCAAGGAUGGAUUCGCAGGGGGUUCGGGUGAUGGCGAAACAUGCUAACCACUGA